UACAUCACAUCUACUCUACGUGCAUCAUGCGAUGCAUGGUGGUAGUGAGUGAGUGAGAGAGAGAUCGGUUGAUUAGAUAGGGUUCUCACUCACUCACGUCACGAGCCUCUCGCUCUCCACAGGCUCCCAUACUCGUGCCAACGGAGGCGCUCUUAUAUAUACCGGGAAUCUUCAUGGCCUGAGCCUCCCACAAGUCACAAGUCUUACGCUGCUCUGCUCCGCUCUCCCCGUCGCACACACACUAUCCUUUCGUGAAGCUCCCGAGCUCGAUCGGCGACCGAAGCGAUGGCGUCCUCCCGGCGAGAUCUGCUCGUGGCGCUCUGCGUGGCGGCGCUCCUGGCCGUCGGGUCGGAGUCCCACGGGCUGGAGGACUUCGGCAGCGAGGGGAAGACGGAGGCGACGCCCGAGAUGGCCUCCUUCUUCGGCGCCAAGCCCGAGGCCGCCGUGCUCCCGGAGGCGCUGGACAACUCCAUGGCCGCCAAGCCGGAGGCGGCAUCGGCGAUGCCCACCACCACCAGCACCAACCCGCGUGCGUCCCCGCCGCGCAGAUCCGUGGCCGUCGCGGCCGGCGUGGCCUGCGGCGUCGCGGCCCUGGCGGUGGUCGGCGUGGCCGUCGCCGUCGCCUUCGUGGUGCGCGCCAGGCGCGGCGAGAGGCGCGAGGCCGAGGUCCAUCUCGGCUAAGCCCGCCGGCUUGGUUUCAUUAGGGGUUGCUCGUCAAUUCAUUAGCGUCGUGGUUUGCGUUUAGUUAAUUGCGUGUUUAGUUCGAUGAUGAAUGAUUUCUUCCGUUCUUCCGCUGUUUGUGUGUGUGUGAUGGAGAUUUGGGGAAGCACGCUGUAACAUAAAUAACGCUUCAUUGGCAUGCAUGUUACCGUGAUGUCUAGACCUUGAAUGGAGUAUUUCACCAGGAAUUCAUGGCUA